CAUGUUACAGGCUGAUAAAGACAUCUGGUCAGUUACACGCCGAGGGCUGGGCGAACUCUGGAGCUGGAAACCUCCUGCAAAGCCGCAUCCAUCCACAUUUGUUUGCUUAGCUUCAGUUUAGACACAGGCACACAGCACAUUUCCCAGCCUCCUGGCGUGGCGGAUUCCACGAUGUUCUAUUUCCACUGUCCUCCGCAGUUAGAUGGGGAGUGUUGUCGGACAAAUUCGUUGAAUUCCGGCAGUUUCGGUGGGCACAGUACCAGCGAUUUCGACGAUGGUUUCCUCCGUAGAAAACAACGCCGGAACAGGACAACUUUCACCCUGCAGCAGUUAGAAGCUCUAGAAGCCGUUUUUGCACAGACGCAUUAUCCAGACGUAUUCACCAGGGAAGAACUCGCAAUGAAGAUCAAUCUUACUGAAGCAAGAGUUCAGGUUUGGUUCCAAAACCGAAGGGCGAAAUGGAGGAAAACAGAAAGGGGGAAUUCGGAUCAGGAAGCGGGAAAGGACAGUGCCGCCGAUGGAUCGCCGCCCAUGAGGAACCUAAACUCCCCUUCUCAAAUGGAGCCCAGCAGAAACAAAAAAGAUUCGUUGGAAAUGCAACAGAACCUCAGCCGGACAGUGGGUCCCACCGCUCCCUUCUUCCCUUCUUGCUUGCCCACUACUCUUCUCAACACUGCUACUUAUGCACAAGCUCUUACCCAAGUUGCAACGCUGAAAGGAAAUUCCCUAUGUUCCUGCUGUGUGCCAGACCCAAUGGGUCUCUCCUUUUUGCCACCAUAUGGCUGCCAGAGCAAUCGAACGGCGAGUGUGGCAGCACUGCGCAUGAAAGCACGUGAACACUCUGAGGCAGUCCUCCAAUCGGCCAACCUGCUUUCUACUGCCAACAGCAGCCCAGCUGUUGGACCAAAACCCUCCUUGGACAGCGACCAGGAGAAGGCCAACCAUCCCAAAGAAAAGAUUGAAACUGAACGGAACGUAUGAGGAGAAGAAGAGAGAACCGUAACUGUAGAGACAACGCUUAAGCUCACUUUAAGACAUCAUUGUGAAUGUUCUCACAGCUCUAAAGAUGUUGGAUCAACCAUAUGAUCAAGACAUGACUCUAUCUGUACAAAAACUAAGAUAUUCUUACCUGAGUCAAAGCCAAAAAGAUGUAUAUAGAUGAAUUCUGGAUUUUGCAAUGCAACAGUUACCUUCCUUUUUUUAAAACCAUGUUUAUUCCAAUCUUGGCUGCAUGGGAAGAUAGUCACUUGCUAGAAUUGUCUUGCACUAGAUUUGGUGCAGCAGGUAAUUUAAAAAGGGAAUACAUAAGGCCAACAAAUCACUUCCUUGGACCACACGCAAUUUUAACUAUUGCCUGUUUAUAGUGCAAGGGGGAGAUUAUAAUCUCAUGCAGGUGAGUGAGCAUAGACCAAGCGUGAACAAUAACAAACAGCAGCUGCAGAUUUCCACUAAAGUUGCAGAUACAAAUGGUUGUUCUGGAAGAGGUGACCUUCUGUGUGCAAUAAAGCUGUAAGCUUCUAGGUCAUUAUGAUACAGUAGAUUUCUAUUAAGUGGAUAAACUGUUAACAGGAAUUCAUUUGAAAUAUUAAUAGCACAAUCUCUGGUAUACUUUCCACUGCAACAAAAGGAUUUAUGAAUUUAAUUUUAUGCUGUUAAUUUUAACUUGACAUUCUGAUGAAAUAUGAAAAUACUGUAACAGUUACAAGCAGUGAGACACAACAGUACUGUACUUAUUGCAGGCUGUAAAUACCAUUAAAACAUGCAAUUUUGGGGAGAGCAAGUAUUGUAUUCAUUUAAGGAGACAUUAAUAGUGAAGGGGCAAGAAUGGAUUGGUCCUAAAACUGAACAGUAUCUUCCAUCGUUGCUGUUCUAUUUUAACAGAUAUAUUCACUAAUCAGAUAUUUUACUCAGAGGUUCAGUGAGCACAUUACAGGUCAUUUCUGCAAUAUCUGACAUUAUUUCAGUGUUAUUCCUUUAAACAACUCCUGUUUUAGAUGACUGGCCAUAUUGUAGGACAAUCCUUGCAUCCCAAUCUGUAAUUAUUGGGAUAUUACCUUAUUUUUCUCUAAAACAUGAUUUACUGGCAUAAAAUUGAACUUUACAUGAUCUCUGCUCUCAUAGCCUAACUUUCAAGUUUAAUUGUUUGAUUAAAUUUGUAUUUCCAACAGAAAGGUACAUAAAUAAAUGAACUGUUGAGCAAAUUAAGAAUACUUAACAGCGUUGCAUCCGAAAAGUAGUUACACUGAUUAAAUUUUGUGUCCUUGAGGAUUUUCAGGAAAUUACUUUUGAUCGUCAAUAACACAAUUAAGUAAACUACACGCACAUUAGCAUGAAUAAUUGAUAAGAAAUUAUGUAUUACCACGAAGUACUGAUUUAAUAAUUCAUGAUGCGACACUAGUGACUGUUGCAGUACUAGAUAACGUGGAAUUCUUGCCUGGCGCUCGAGGCAGUGUGCAAUUACAAGGGUUGGAAGGUGGAAGGUUGUGUAUUUAUGAUGCAUGGUUUAACCUCUUUGUUAAAAAAAUAAAUUAAUAAAGAUUAAAAAGUAA